UCCCCAUUCCUUCACCCCCUAAUAAAUUCAACUCUCCUUCUCACGCCAACCUUCAUAUAUACACCAUGUCCACCCGAUCCUCCGCCGCCUCCGUCGCCAAGCGCCGCCUCUCAGCGCUCAGCGAGCAGCUCGUCUCCCCCAUCCCCGACCAAGGCAGCUUCGAGAACAUCCCCAAGCUCAAGAAGGUCGCCGGCCCCUCCGCUGGCCCUCGCGCAGCAGGGAAAGUCGUAAUCAUCACCGGCACCAACAGUCCCAUGGGCAUCGGCCGCGCAACAGCCCACCAGUACGCUGAGAAUGGUGCCCGUGCCAUCUACCUCUGCGACUUCGCCGACUCGCAUCUCGCAACUCACAAGCGCGAGCUCGCAUCCCUCUUCCCCUCCGUCGACGUGCACACCCGUCAAUUCGACGCCGGAGAGUCAUCAGGCGUCAAAGCGGUCGUCGAUGACGCCCUAGCCACCUACGGCCGUCUCGACGUCUUCUUCGCCAACGCUGGCAUCGUGGGCAUGCCUAAGAUCUUCACCGAGGUCGAAGCCGACGAGUUCCUCGCGACCUUGAAGACAAACACCGUUUCCGUCUUCCUGGCCGCCAAGUAUGCGGCGCCCGCUAUGCAGACCACCUCCCCCUCCAAGCCCUACCCCUCCGGCUCCAUCAUCGGCACCGCCUCCGUAGCCGGUCUACGCUCCAACGCAGGGUCAACGGAUUACUCGUGCAGCAAGGCGGGCGUCGUGUCGAUCGCGCAGACUAUUGCGUUCCAGCUCGCUGGGACGGGGGUGCGUAUCAACGCGCUGUGCCCGGGUGUUAUUGAGACGGGGAUGACGGCGCCGAUGUAUGAUGCGGCAAGGGAGCGCGGGACGCAGGCGAAGAUUGGGCAGUUGAACCCGCUGAGGAGGGGCGCGCAUGCAGAUGAGGUCGCGAGGGUGGCGCUGUUUUUGGGGAGCGAUGAGAGUAGUUAUGUUAAUGGGCAGGCGUGGGCGGUGGAUGGGGGGUUGAGCGCGGGACAUCCGUUUGUGCCGGGGAAGUUGGCGUAGAGUGGCCAAAUGAGGGGACGGGGGGUCGAGAUGUACUUAUAGAUCAUGCAUGA